CCCUCGGGCUGUUGGACUUGCCGCGUUCGACACCGGAAAUGUGACUCGAGAACCCCCACAUGCAAGGAAUGUACCGACCGUAACGUCCAAUGUCAUGGCUAUGGGCAAAAGCCGGAGUGGAUGGAUGGCGCCACGGAAGAAGAGAAGGAGAAGCUGAAAAUCAAGAGUGCAGUCAAGGAGAAUUUUCGCAGCGUGAGGAGAAUGCAGAAUAGAGCCCGCCAAAGCCGACGCAGGGCUGCAUCACAGCUGCAGGCAUUGCCAGCUCAUGAAGAAGACAAUUGGGCGUCUAGGGAAUCAAUAUCUUCAGAUUAUGGUGGCAACCUCUUUGUUUCUGAGACAGACCACGGAGAUAUCGCAUCAAUCUCUGCAAAUGAUGAAUCAAGAUCGGCCAUCAGUAGCACUCAGCUUGCACACAUAGAAAUGGCACAGCAAGAGCCGUGGCGCAUGCCAUGGAUUGAUUCACAUGAUUCUAGUUUGUUGAUGCAUUACUUGGAUCAGGUAUUUUCUUGGCAGUUCCCUUACCACUCUUACGCCUCUCGAUCAGGAAAUCGAGGCUGGCUGCUUUCGCUACUGAUCCAACAAGGGCCCCUUUACCAUGCAAUCUUGAGCUUGUCCUCCCUUCACCAGAGUGCAUUACCCGGCCGCGAGGAGGAAUAUUGUCAGCAAAGUAUAGCUUUCGACCGCCACUCCAGGGCAUUAAGGGAGCUCUGUGCAUUUAUGAGCUGCAAAGAAGACCAGUUAUUUAACGAUGCGGCGAGAAUGACGGAGUUUUUGUCCUCUAGCAUAAUGCUUAUUACUUUUGAGGUAUUUCGGGGUGGUGAACAUGAUUGGCAGCUGCAUCUGAAUGCGGUGACUUCUAUAUUGAGUCAGCUCACAACCGAAAAUACCUUGAUACAGCAAGACCGUCGGCACGACUCUCAAUGGGACCAGAUGCACGAGUAUCUUAACUUUACUGACAAUAAAGACCGUUAUGGGCUGCAGUUUCUCAUCACUGCUGCCCUUUGGUUCGAUAUCCUCUCCUGUGUCUCAACAGGCAAAGCACCAGCGCUGCCUUAUAGGCAAUGGCUCAACAUUCCCGGAUUAGACACCGCAGCUGUCAUGGGCUGCCAAAACUGGGUCGUGACAUUGAUUGGUGAUUUGGCCCACCUCGAUCAAUGGAAGAACAACAGCAUAAAAGUCGGUUUGCUUAGUACUCGUGAGCUAGUAUUCAAAGGCCAACAAAUUGAAAGCGCGCUAGAAAAUGGCCUUGCACAUUUGGACUUGAACGAAAAAGGUUUCACUGAUAGAGAGAUGAACGUCUUUUGGGUAUCUCGCAUAUUUGCUCUCGCAGCCCUGGUAUUAUUGCAUACCAUCAUAUCCGGACCACUACCAAGACUUCCGGAGAUACAAGGUGCUGUUUCAAGAACUAUUACAACACUUCGUGCUCGGCCAAAAUCUUGUCCUGCGAACGGUAUUGUAUGGGCAAUGUGCAUCACUGGCUCUAUGGCACAGCCAACAGUACAACAAUCUUUUGAGACCUGCAUAAAGGAAAUGUUAGCCGAUCACGGCAGGUUUGGGAAUUGUUCUACUGUUCUUAGGAUAAUGAGGAAGUGCUGGGAGCUUCAAAAACAUGGUGUAGCUGAUUGUAAGUCAGCUAUGUCGGAAAUGGGCAUUUGUGCUCUUUUAAUUUAG